AUGUUCACACUGCUUCGGGUAUUUACUGUCAAAGACAAAGAAUGCCUUGAAGCUGACAUCAAUGGCCUGAAGCAAUGCUACAUGUUCCAGGGGUCGUCCAGCUAUUAUGACGAAGACCUGAAAUGCACUAUGAUCUUUUCCCAGCGUCAGGAUGUGGGGGUAUGGUUUGCAUGCCUUGUCCUCAUGGAGGUACUCCACCAUGUUUAUUCCAGGCUAAAAAAGAAAGAAUACAAGAGAGCAAUAUCAUCUGCAAGUGAUAACAGAUGGAUCGCCGAAAUACCAAAGUCCAUAGUGGGUCUGUCUGGCUCAUGUGUGGUGAUCCCCUGCAAGUUCAACUACCCAUCAGAUGGAAGGAAACACAGAGACUUUACAGGAAUCUGGUUCAAAGAUAAAGAUAUAAUCUACCAUAAAGAGACCUCCAAAAUAAUCAGCACAUUCAAGGGUCGCACCAGUAUUGGUGAUCUGCGUCACAACAACUGCACUUUGAAAAUCAGCUCUUUACAACACAGCGACUCAGGAUCAUACAAGUUUCGGAUCGAGAUAAAAGAUUUCAACAAGAACACAUUCUUGAAAAAUCCAGUUUCUGUAACAGUGAAAGAUUCACCAGACCUACCCACCAUCUCUGUGGAUAAGGAAGUGACAUCACUGAAAGAAGUGACCGCUACCUGUGCUGUGUCACAUUCCUGUCCGCCAGACCCACCGCGUCUCACCUGGAGCCACAAAGGCACAACCAAGAGUCCCUCACAGGCUCAAGAGGACGGCCAAUGGAAGUUAACAUCAUCUCUGACUUUCACACCAUCCAGAGAAGACCAUAAUAAACCACUCAACUGCUCUGCAGAGUUUACUCCAGCAAAAACAGUGUCCAACAACAAAAAGCUCAAAGUGAAAUAUCCUCCAUAUACCGUGAAUGUACAGAGUAAAUCACAAGUGAAGGAGAAUGAAUCUGUUGAACUGAACUGCUCCGGUGAAAGUUACCCUCCUAUUCACAGCUUCCAGUGGUUCGGUUCAACUGGAUCUCUGCUGGAAAAUAGAUCCACAUAUAGAUUUAAUCAUGUGACCCGUUAUACUGAAGCCAUUACCUGCACCGCCACUAACACAGAGGGAAAAAACAGUUCAGCACCUCAUAAGUUUAAUGUGUUGUAUCCUCCUGAGAUUAAAAACGGGUCUUCCUGUGAAUCAGAGACUUUUAUAGUCUGUGUUUGUAUUGUGGACUCAAACCCUCCCAGUGAAGUCAAGUGGCUCGGUCCCUCGAGUACUUUCCCCAGCUCUGGUGUUGAACAAAAUGGGUCUCUUACCAUAUUCACCCUUCAGGGAUGGCUGGGAUUCCCAGACACAGUCCAUUGCUCUGCCAGUAACAGUGAAGGAAACUCUGUAAUGACUCUGUCAGUGCCGCAUCAUGGUUUAUUUAUAUAUCUUGCUGUUGCUUCAGCUGCUGUUGUAUUUGUUUUAGUGGUCCUUUCAGCAUGUUUAGCCAAGAGAUGCUGUGCGCGAAGAGUUAAACAACAGAAUGACCAGAAUAAAAUGAAGACGAUCCAAAAGUCUUACUCUGACAGGGGGAAACAGAAAAGCGAUGACAUUUACGGAAACUACCAAGAUAACACGAAUUAUGCAUGCGAUGAGAUACGCCUGCCUUCUGUGCCUGAUGAAGAUGAAGCGGUCUACGCAAACACAUAAAUAAUUUAGACCUAAGCAUUAUAUCUUUAUUCUUUAGUCUAUGCAAAUGUACAUUUCUGAUGUUUUUAAUCUUACAUUGUAAUAGUAAAAAAUAAUGGCGAUGAUUAGUUAAAAUCAAUAAUGUCAAGAUAUGCGACCUUUGAACGAACUAAACAACAUUG